UAUCAGAGCAGGUUUAAAAGAACAAUGGACUUCACUAAGAAAAUAGUGCUAGUAUUUGCUUUCACCAUUAUGUUGGGUAUCUGUACUGUUCAUUGCCGUCCAAGCUUCAAAACCACUCCUUUGUUUGAAGAAAAAUAUAGAUUUACUCAGUGUUUCGACACAGCACCAUGUUUGGAAGGGAUGAUGAAAUGCAUUGAGUUCUGUAGCGCAAUGGGAACUGCGGAUGGACAAUGUAAUGAUCAAAACCUCUGUUGCUGCACAUAUGAAUAAGAACAAGUAAUUGAACCUUACAUGAAGGUUAUCUACUUCACA